AAAAUCCCUCUCAUAUGGUGAAGUAAACAAAUAACCAAAAAUCCCAUAAAAUCGUCAAAUUUCGAUAGAAUUUAAUCGAAAUAUAACGUCAGAAUUUCAUCAAAAUCCAUCGAAUUCCGCCACAGACAGAAAGCACACCAUGAAAAUGCUUUCAACGAAGAAAGAGGAACGUCUCGAGCGGAAAAAGAAGAAACUUUCUGCAUUGGCGACGAUGAUGGAAAUUAAUGCUGCCGAGAAAUCCGACGAGCCUGAAGCGAAAAAGAAAAAAGUUGAAAUGACAGAAACUCCCGCAAAGCUCUCUGAUGAGCAAUACAAAGAUCUCAAGAAGGAAUUGGCUCGAAAACGGAGCGAAUUGAAAAAUGUUCCAGUUUUGCGAUUGAAACCGAUUGCUAAGAAAGCCUCGUUGGAGGAGCUAAAAAAUGAUGACAGAACGCCUUUGUUACUUGACGACAUCCAGAACUUGUUGAUGGUCUCACUGCUGAAAAAUCACAGUCCUUUCACGCCAUGGCGAUGGUGUCACCUGGAAAAAGUCAAUAAACUCACGCAAAGUGUCGUGCUGCUGGUUGACGGAAUAAAUUCCUAUGAAUUUGUGUCGAACGAGAGUUUGUUGGUGAAAAGUCGCGACAUUUUCGAGACAAAAUUGGAAGUUUUGCUGCCCGAGAGUGACGAGAAGAAAAUUGUCGAGCAUCUUGCGUGUGUUCCGUUGACAGAAUCGUACAAAGAGCGUCUGAUACGGGCGCAUGGAACGUUAGAAGCAGCAAUGGGAGCGAAUAUCGACCACAAACUCGUCUAUAAAACAGUUUUUCCAGUGCAUGAAGCACCUGACGAGCUCAAAACUGCCGACGAGGAAGACACUGAACUGCCGGAAGGCGAUAAAUUCUCACGUGUACAGCUACUACUUUCACCUUUGCAGAUGAUUGACGAAGAUUACCCGAUUCCCUUGAAGGGCGAACUGGCAACACGUUGCAAAAACUACAUAAUGACGCAAGAUUCGUACCUUCCGGUGACCGCAAAGAGUCCCAUGUUCGGUUUGGAUUGCGAAAUGUGCAAAGUUGUGAGUGGGAGACAUGAAGUUGCCCGUGUUUCGGUCGUUAAUGAGCAAUAUGAGAGUGUUUAUGAAACUUUAGUUCGUCCCGAACUGCAAAUUAUGGACUACCUAACACCUUUUUCCGGUAUCACGAAGGAAAUUAUGGACGGAGCGACAAAAACCCUGAAGGAAGUUCAACAAGAUUUACGAAAAAUUCUCACACCAGAUGCAAUUUUGGUCGGACAAUCGCUGCAAUUCGAUUUGCACGGCUUAAACAUGAUGCAUCCGUACAUUAUUGACACUUCGGUAAUUUUCAACAUAUCUGGCGAGCGGCAACGAAAGUCAAAAUUACAAACACUCGCCAAGGAAUUUCUCGGGGAGGAAAUUCAAAAAGCCUACACGGGACACAAUUCCAUCGAAGACAGUUGCGCAAGUUUAAAACUCGCCAAACUCAAGUUAUCUCACGACAUUUACUUCGGCGACGCAUUUUUGCAACGUAAACGCGAACUGGCCAACUACAAAUCUCCAUCAGCUUUGAAGAAAGAGACCGAAAAUGUGAAUCAAGAACCCGUUCAACAAGUUGCCACAACUAUUUUCAGUCACAUGGCGAAAAAGAAGAAAAAAUCGCUGAUUGUUACAACGGCAAAUACCGAAGUUAAUUACGAAGAAUACUUUAAAAAGGCCGAAAGUAACAAUCCAGUGCAGUGUUUGCAAGUGUCGACAGCGAAAAAGGCCGUCAGUAAGGCGAGUGAAAUGUUAAUUGAUCACGAAUUUGCUUUGACGCACGUGAAAAUGACGGAAAACGACGAAAGUGUGGCAAGCAAAAUGCAAAAAGUUGAUAAAUUUGUGUCAAAAUUGUGGAAAAGUGUCGCACUAAAUGGACUUUUUGUCGUGAUUUUGGCUGGAAAAAGCAAUAGCGGAGUUGCCCUCAUACAAAUUAAGAACAGGGAGAAUUGUAGCUUUAAUAGUGCUGUGGAUGAGGAACCAGUUGACGGAAAUACAUCUGAUUGAUUGUAUUUAGGAAAUAAUAAAAAUUAAAUUUUUAUUUAAAUUUUUUUCAUUUUUUUUACAUUUUUAACCCGGAGGGUUUUAACGAUAGCCCAAAAUUCAAAUGAAUUCCACUAGUUUCUUGAUUUUUUGAUGUUUUUUUGGGAAAAAUUUAUCUGGAGGCUAAAUCUAAGAAAAAAUCCC